AUGGGCGAAAUGAGGAAGAAGGCAUCCCUCAGGAUUAAUGGCUAUCAAACUAAGGAAGAAAGGAAGAGUAAGGAUGGCAUCGUCUCACUAUUGCAUGCUGUUCUUCGGGUUUUUACAGCCCUUAGAAUGUGUAGUUGGACGGGACCUGACAUCGCUAUCUCCACGAAGACCCGUACAUACCGAGUAUCUGUCCAAUCACUCCUCCUCUGUGGGCGACUGUGCGUAACAAAAUGCUAGCGGAUAAACUGAAGGACUGUUCACAACUGUCUACUCCUGGAUAUUGUAAUAUAUCGGAAGGCCUCUCUUACACCGCCUUUAAUGAAAUAUAAUCUAGGAAGAUAAACCACCAGCACUGUAUUCUAACUCAAAACCACAAUAGGUAACGGUAUAAAAGCGGUUCUAUGUAUUCCACACGAAGUAUUACUUAAAAAAGAUAGGAAUUUCAACAUGUGGUUCAUAAUGCUUAGCUAAAAGACGACCAAUUGUUUUAUAGCAUUGAUAAGGCGAUGGAUCACAAAUACACCACAAAGCAAACUGAAUUAAGCUUAUCCGCUCACAAAUUGCUUGCCCUCCGAACACUACCGGAACUGUAAUUUGAAGCCCUGGCCCAGAUCUUCAUUGUUAUGGUCCCUCCUCUACACAAAAUGGGCAAAAUUAUUUUAGGCUUAAUGGUCCGAAGUAUUCGGAGUGCUAAAGUGCAUUAUUUCACUCUUUGUAAUAUCUACUCUAGUUAACUGCUAGAAACUGUUGUUUAUUUCAUAAGAACUACGCAGAGUGAAUCGUCUAAUUUCACAGCAAAGCGGUAGAGCCCAGCCACGAUUUACAUCCCAAGUCCGAAUGUGACAAAGUAAGCAAAGUCGACGACACUAGUCGCCCUCGGUCGCGCACGCCGCCAACACCAGGACUGGUUCGACAACAACGACGCCGUCAUCAGCCAUCUGCUCGCCGAGAAUCACCGCCUACACAAAGCAUACAUAGACCACCCGACUGAUGACAACAAAGCUGCUUUCUAUCGCAGUCGCCGCCACCUUCAGUAACGACUGCGCGAGAUGCAAAACACCUAGAAUGUUCGCAAAGCUGAGAAGAUCCAAGGCUACGCGAACCGCAACGAGUGGAAGAAGUUCUUCUUCUCCGCGAUCAAAGCUGUCUACGGUCCGCCGACGGAGGUCACUGCUCCUCUCCUCACCGCCGACGGUCGUACCCUCCUGACUGACAAGACACGAAUUCUACAGAGAUGGGCCGAGAAUUUCCGAGACGUCCUCAAUCGCCCCUCCGCCAUCUCCGACGCCGCCAUCGAGCGUUUGCCGCAAGUGGAGACCAACGUGGACCUCGACCUCCCGCCAUCUCUCCAGGAAACCAUCAGGGCCGUGCAGCAGCUCUCCAAAGGGAAAGUACCCGGAUCGGACGCAAUCCCUGCUAAGGUCUACAAGCACGGAGGUUCCCAACUGACGGAUCACCUGACUGCGCUCUUCCAUAAGAUGUGGCGCUAA